AUGUUGAGGCGACGGCCUUCCAAUGCCUCGGAGAAGGAGCAGACGCAGACGCAGACAAAGAAGAAGGUGAGCUGAUUUCUUUAGUUUGUUUUGGAGCCGGAGGAAGGUUUAGAGUUUGUUGUUUGUUUGUUUUUUUAAUGGGCUUUAAUGAACGCUAAUAUUACACCCAGAUUAUAAGGAGGUCUUUUCCCAUAAUUGAAAGAGUUGGUGUUUUCAUUGCAACAUUGUGCACAGCUGUCUGUGUGUGUGCACAUCUAUGUAACACAGGAUGUCUGCUGAAGUUGGUGCAAACUGUGGUGAAGCCGAAAGAAACCACACAAACACACACACACACAUACACACACACACACACACACACACACACACACACACACACACACACACACACACACACACACACACACACAUCCACCAACACUUGAAACUUAGUGCAGUUUCUUAGUUUCAGACUUUUUUAAACAACACUCAAGCUUGAACAUAUCUCUCUUGCUCGUUUGGAGAUGUAGAGUUCCUCUUAAUGUACCGGGGUGGAACUUUGUUCUGUAGAUACACUCUGAGUCACAGAGGACUCUGCGGCUUCUGGUACUUUUCUGGUCUCCAGCUGCCACCAUGAGAGCGAGUCCACCUACUCGUCACCAGUACCUUCAUUUUCCAACCACAUCUUGCCUCGUGUGGUGUAGCUCAUACCUCAGCAUUACACUUCUCUGCUUUCCCAGCAGUUAUCUCCUAAAGUGAAUCUAUCACUGCAAUGAGGCUGUGAAACUGAAUGACUCUGGGACACGAGUGGCUGCUCUGAGAUCAUCAACGUUAAAAUGAGAUUGGUUUUCUCUGAAACUUUGCGGGUCAACCUGCGGCAGGAAAACAGACAUUCACAUCAUAACAAAGGUCGUUCACUGCGUUGGCGGCCUCUUCAGAAGGAGCCUUUUCUGACGGCAGGUCUGCAAUGAUUGGCUGUCGGCAGUUGCUCAAGCUUUGCCUGUUUCCUGUGGUUUGAUCUAAGAUUGAAGACAAAGCGAUAAGAUAAUGCAAAAUGACAUGCAGUUAUAUGGAAAACAAGUCUAAGAAUUUCCAUUAGAGAUAAGAGAAUAUUUCACAAAUGGAGGAUUAUGUAAAAGAGGCGAAAAGUUUUAAUCGUAUGCAGAUGAUAUUUAUCUUAAUUCACUUGUCAUCUAUUGCCAUCGUCUCUCAUGAAAUUCCAUUUUCUCGCCAGUAUUUUACCUUUUUGAUUUUGUUAAUACUGUUUUACUAUAUUUGUUUAAUGAGCAUUACACUGAUCUGGGUAGAUUUGAGGGGAUUUGUGAUAAUUUACAUGAAACUCCUUUAAAUUAUGUUAUACUACGUCAUAUUUAUCUAUGUGGUGUGAGUGAGAGAACUGCUGAAUCCAAUAUCAAACAUUUGUGAGAUUGUAUAGAUUUACUGUGGAGUAAACAGCUCACCAUAUUGUGCUUAACUAGCUUGAUCAUAGCUUCAGCGUUAACCCCACUGUUAGCUCAGUUGUUACUUUCUGUGUUAAAACUUAUUACUCCUCCAAAAGUGGGUGUGAGAUUUGUUCUAUCAUUCUUUUGUUACCAGAACAAACAGGCACGCUGGAGCCAGAAGUAGAUGCUCAUGGGUCAACACACACGGCAAAAGAUAACAAAUAUAUUCCCAUACAGCGCACAGACCUGUAAGCACAAGAUGCAAUAAUCACCUUUGCUGUGCUACAGAAAUAUUGAGUUAAAAGAGAGAAGAAUACUUUUGCAAGAAUAAAAAAAUCUCACACAUGAACAGGUCAAGAUUAACAAAGAGAUAAGUUGUCUUGCUUUGUCCAAAAUAACCUAAAAAUCCUCCUCUGGAGCUUUAAAAUUAAGUGAAAAAGAAAAUAGAUUAUAAAUCGGAGCACCACAACAGCUUAAACCAAAUUUUACUUUCAUCUCCUGUUUUUUUUCUUCAUGCAGGGGACCUUCAUUUCCGCAUUAGCAUUUUUCAAAACCUUUUGCACCCAAACUAUAAAACUAUUUUCUGUCUUUGCUGAAUUCAAGUGUCAGUCCUAAAGGUGCAAAAUACAGUUCAUAUCAUAAAUCUCUACCUUUGUAUUUCUUGCCAAACUGUAUCGCUAAUUUGUAAAUCUCUUUUUUUGAUGCAACCACACCACCAUCUGAAACAUGCAAAUACUUAAUGACCCAGAUAUGUGAUUUAUGUUGAAACCUAUUUGUGAAAAGAGACUACUGUUUCUUCUGAGUCAUCUCACUAUGGAUUUGUCCUUUUCACACAUUCAAGAGAUAAUAAAGAGAGGGAGAGUGUUGCAUUUUAACCACCAAACAGCAGACUGGCAUGUUUUCACUGUAUGUGGUUUCAGACUUGUCACUGUGCCUUUACUGUUACUUAAAACUUGGCGACUUAUUAUAAAGUUUUAAAUAAUAAAAAUGUGUGUUUACAGCUCUCUCUGCAGAGGUCCAGCAGCUUCAAGGAUUUUAUGAAGAACAAACCCACGUCUCCUGUUACUUUGGAAAAGGAGUUACAUUUUGAGGAGAGUGUGAGUAUGACUCCCUUCAAAAACGCACACACACCUCAUCGCAAACAAACAUAGAACCUACGUGUUUAGGAAAAUAUGAGUAUCUAUUUUCCAAGCUCUCUUUGUUUGAAGUUCCUCUAGAAGAAACCUAAGAGCCAAUCAGAACUGACUAUCAGUCACGGCUGUUACAGAAGUCCACGGUUCGUACUUCCUGAUUCGACAAACUGCUGCACAUAUGGGUGGAUGUUUUGACACACCAGGCAGAAGUUCAGAGAACUUUAAAACCUUUCCUGUAAGUUAUCUCUGAAUAUGAGUGGAAGUUGGAGAAAUAAGUGUUGAAGAGGAGAGGAAGUAAGAAGGAGAAGCGUUGCACGGUGCUCAGAUGACAGCAGCGUGCAGACAGGAUGUCCUCUGCAGCGUGAGCCAGUCAGGCAGAGAGCCUGAGCAGAAAGCAUUUAACCAAGAGUCUGAAGAUCAUACCCCAGAGAGUUUAGACACUUUCCAUGUAGCCGGACGUUUUAUUUCCAUACACAGCUGCUGCAUCCUUCUCUAUGUCAUGAACUAUUUACAAAAACCUCUCUUUCAAGUAGCGGACACACUUUAAAUACUGAUAGGUGCAAAAAAAGUCUGAAAAACUUAAUGCAAUAUGAGAAUUUCAGCUAUAUAAAAGUAACUUUUAUAAGUUUUGUCUGCUACACUUGAAUCUUUAUGAAAGUCAAACAGCUAUCACCUCUAAAAAUAGGCCUCUGAAUGAAUGCAGUGCUGUCUCUAUAUGUGACAGUGUUUCUGCACCAUUUUCCUGUACAAAUCACUGAAAACUCGACCUCUGUGUCCCCACACUGCAGAGCGCCUAUUGUCUCGUAAAAAACAGAAAUAUCAUUAGCUUUCAUUACUGAGCCCGAAGCCGUGUUAGUGUUGUGCUGCGGGGGAGAGAGGUGCUGCAGGGAAAAUUGUGUUUCCACACUGUCGGCCACAAUAAAGCACAGGUGCUUGUUUCAGUGUGUGUGUGAGUUUUUGUGUAUGUGUGCGUGUAUCAGUAGUAUGUGUGUAAACCAGAAGAGAAGAAAGGUGAGGGUGUAGGUUUUGUUAACUCCUUAGGGAGUUAACCUUUAGAUUAGAUUAGAUUAGAUUAGAUUUUCCUUUAUUCAUCCCUCAAUGGAGAAAUUAAAUAGCGAUACACAACAUACACAUUCAUAUCAGGUACAAAAUAAACAAAAAAUUAAGAUAAACAACUAUGAAAAAAAAGAGAGCACACUGCAAAGGAAGAACAGUAUUAAAGAGAAGUAUAAUAUAUCAGUGUCAAAAAAAUACAUAUAUCAUUUUUUUAUCAAUUGCAAAGUUUCAGCUGAUUUAGCGCUCAAAUUUUACAACGUGUUAAAAACAUAUUACAUGUAGUUUUUGAUCUUCUAACAUCUGUUGAGAAUAAAUUAAAGCACGUGAUUAAUUUGAAUUUUCAUCACAGGUGAAAGAAGAAUACGCAGCAGAGGAAUCCAUGAAAAGUGGCAGCAAACUGGGCAAAAAGUGGCGCAACGUCAUCUCACGCACAAUGACCCGCAAAACAUCCAAGAUGGUGCAGAAAGCUCUGGCUGAAGAAGGGGUGAAUGCAAAUUAACCUGUGAAUCAUAUAUGAAGAUCUCAGUGUAGAAAUGGAGACAAGAACACAGCCAGUCAUCCUCACAUGGCGCUGUUGUUGUUAGUUUCAAAAAGACUUCAAUAGCUCUAUCUAGUGGACAAAUAGCUGUACUGUUUUUAAACACUCCAUUUAUUGAAUCAGAAGCAGAUCUACUUUGGACUUCCUGUACUGUUUUAACACUCAAAUCCUCACCUGCAGCUUUUAAAAUACUCAUGAAUGUGAAGAAGUGACUGUUAUUUAGGGAGAGAGAAGGUGAGGGAGGGCUGGGGUGGAGAGUCGGAGGAAUAGUAGGGAUACGGCUCAACUUACCCCUCUUCUAUGGUCAACUUACCCCAUACACAGGGUAAGUUGACCAUAGGAGAACGCUUUUUUUUGGCAUACUAUAACAUCAAGACAGUUAUGUUUACACCCAUUCUGUUGGUUUGCAGGGAUGCACAACAUCUUGAAAUAAAUGCAGAUACACUAGUUAGAGACAAAACUAAGAUUGACUUGAUGUAGUGAUCCGAAAUAUGAAAAAUGGCUCAUCUUACCCCGCUCUCCCCUACCCAAGAUCCUGACAGACUUUUAGUUUAGACUAUCUACAACAAUCGUACAACACAAACACAGGCGCCUCUGUUUUGUCGCUAGAUUAAGUGAAUCCAGGAAAUUAUUUUGAGCAAAACUGCUGAAAUUCACAGAUUACAGCUUGUUACGUGUAAAUAUUUCAUACUUCUUUGUCUCCUCUUUGACAGUUUACUGUCAACAGAUAAGAAACUUAAAAAGUGUUUUUAUGAGUACUUUAUGUAGCUGCUGUUUUAACAGUAUAUAAAUGGAAUAAACUGAAGCGUUAGUGUCAGUUCAGCAUUAUUAGUUAGAUAAACUGAAGGUGAACCUGUUGAUCUGACCUCUGACCUCUACUGUCAUCCUCUAAAUCUGCAGGUUGAGAGCAGCGAGGAGCUGUCUCCCGUCUCCCCUGAUUGUCCUCCAGAUCUCAGGGUAGGACAGAGGACGUCAGUGUGCUCCUCAGGGUCAGAGGACACCCCGUCAGGCCCCCUCAGCCGCCAGCUCUCAGGCAGUAAGAGAUCAUCUGUGCAAAAAUAAACCUUGUCUGUCUACCCUCGCUACAGUACAUAAUCUUGCUUUCAGGUGGAGUUACUGCGCACUUUUUAAGCCUCUAAUCUGCCAAAGUGUAAAAAAAAAGAAAUCUUCAAACUGGGUCCACAAUCCUUAACCAAAACUCUUAAAGCCAUAUAGAUAUCUGAAUGGUGUCCAUGUAUCUUGAAUACAGAGCGCCAAAAAUACAAGGAUGUCCUACUACAUCAGGGUGCAUUUUGCAAUAUGCAAGCCAGCUGCUUUUUUGGGCGAAUCUGACCUACUUUCCUCUGCCCGGUGGAGGAUUUGAGUGGGACUGGAAUAAAUACAUGAGAAUCAAAGUUAGAGGCACAUUGCAGUAUGUCUCAAGAGUAUGAACACUUAAAGCUAAGAAUGGGUGUAAAUGAGGCUUAUGUAACGGCACAAGAUAAGAUGGUUGCACUGUAUGUUUUCUAGAGAGCUAACAUUUUCUUAUGUCACUCUGAGAGCACUUUGAAAAACAAAAGCUUUGAAAAUGAAUCUGAAGAAAUGCAAAUCGAGCAUCACUCACAUAAAUCAUUUCAAGCAUCAGCGGCUCAGUCUCAGUCUGACUCUGUUUCCACUUGGUUUUCCUCAGACAGUGACAGACAGAGCCUGGACAGCGGAUACUGUCAGAGGGACAGCAUGAGACUGGAGGAGAACGGCGUCUCUUAUAACGGGCCUUUCUGUGGCCGCGCUCUGGUCCACACGGACUUCACUCCCAGCCCCUAUGACGUGGAGUCGCUCAAACUUCAGGUGAGUCUCUUUAGGGCCUGAGGUCUCUUUCGGUGUCCUCCUGGGAGCUUGUUAACUUACUGAAACCAAGAGGGUUGUGUUUGAUAAUGACUCUCCAUGCUUGAGUUUAAAGUGCAUGACCCAUUCCUGACCGCCUGUUAAGUAACAAUCUGCAGUGAUUGUGUCACAGCAUUGCAAAUUAUAUUCGAGUUGGAGGUUAUUGAAGGAUUAUUUCUUCGCUUUCUUCACACAAAUCUCCACCAGUUUGAUUAGAUAUUUGUUUUAAGGAGUUUGCCUGUAGUCAGCUCAGGAAAGGAUCAAGAGUUGAAUCUGUUGUGAGGUGUUUUUCAUGACAACUAAGCGUGUAUCAUCUCUGUUGUGUUACAGAAAGGAGACAUCAUCCACAUCAUCGAGAAACCCCCUGUAGGGACCUGGACAGGGAAGCUCAACAACAAAGUCGGUUCCUUCAAGUUCAUCUACGUCAACCUGCUGCCUGAUGAGAGCCCCCCCAUCAGGAGGAGACGCGGCAACAGCAAGAACAACCGAACCAAAUCCAGACCUAAAACCCUGGAGGAGGUGCUGGACAGCAUGGGUCUUAAUGUGAGCCACACACAGUUUUUUCAUGACGUUGAAAUCAUCGUAUUUGUGGAUAUGCAUCUAAAUGUUCCUGCUGUUUCGUUUCAGGAGCUGAUUUCUCUGCUGUCCAUGCACGGUUUCCAGACUCUGGAGGACUUUGCAGGCCUGAAGGAGUCUCACCUCAAUGAGCUGAACAUCACAGACCCAGAACAGCGCUCCAAAAUCCUGAACGCCUCUGAGCUGCUGAAAGACUGUAGGUUCACAGCCUUCACAGCAGCUUUGAUCUAAAAUGAAAUAAUGAUGUUGCACUUUUUCUCAACCGAAACGUCAAAUCCAGAGUCUUAAACCAGAAAAGAAAAUAUCCUCAGUAGCUCAUCUGAGAGUCACUCUGUCAAUCAAAUGUCAGGUUUAAGCAGGUUUUGAAAUAUUCUCAAGAGGCAAAACUUUAGGUUAUAUUUUUAUUUAUUAUUCGCUUAAUUUGGCAAAGUUUUAUGGCUCAGUUGGACAGUAUUGCACUCACAGUUUAUUGUUAGGCUCACAAGAAUGAAACCAGAACUGUACUUUACUGCUGAGACCAAUAUUUGGAUUGAGACAAAUUGGAGCAAUGUUGGAAAAGGAAUAUUAGACCUUACACACCAGUUUUAGUCCUUUCAAACAGUUUUAUAAAAAUGAUUUUUUUCUUAUUAUCUGUUAAUUUUAUUUUAUAAUUGUUCAUAACUUUUCUAAAAGAUCUGGUGAAUUACAGUGUUCUCAUUUUUGAUUAUUGUUUGUAAAUUAAGCUAUAUACAGCUACGUACUGAAAAAAAUGUGAAAUUUAAAGGUAAUUUCAGGUGAAUUUUGGUUUUAAAGGCAUUCAUAUUCACCAAAAAAAAAAAUCAUUGAAGGAGACAUGAUAAAGGAAAACAAACCUGAGCAGUCAAUUUAACCUCCAUCCAUCAAGAAAAAGUGCAAGAUAUAACACUUGUUGUAAAAUGCAUACAAAGAUAAACACUGUGAUGCACAAAAUAAUAUAAAGGGCCUAAGUUUAUCUCCAGAAAAGCCUGAAGCCCAACAACUUCAUAUUUGACAGCACCCUCUGUGAGUGUGAAAAGCACUUUUUAAAGCCAACCACUGCAGUCGACCUGUCCCAAAACAGCAAGAAAACUCAGUGUAUUCAUAUAAAACAGACAUUCCCUGAUUAAAUUAAACCUUUCAAAGUAAAAAUAAGUGAUUCUCUUUGUCCCUUACAGCCGAUGAUGAGUCCGAACCAGAAGAAGAAGAAGAAAAGAAAUCUGUGGAGGACUCCAAAGAACCACGGGAUUCAGGCUGUUUUGAAAGCUCUGAAAACCUGGAGAGUGGACCAAAGACAGAGGAGGAGGAGGAACUCCAAGAUAAGGAAGCAGCAGAGCUGCAGACAAACCACAGGGAGGAGGACAGUGUGCAACAAAGUGAGGAGCAGAAGAACAGAACAGAAGAACUGGAGGCCGUGCAGGAGGAGCUGCAAGAGCUGACAGUGGAUGAGGGAUAA